CGCCCUGCUCCAGAUCCCACCCUGCUCCGCCUCCACGCGCUGAAAAUCGAGUAAACACGAGCGUCGUCGCAGCUUCGCAACUGUUAGAAUUUUGCUUUGGUGCAACUUUCAAACAUGGGCGUCCACGACGAAGAAAUUUCUAUGAAGGAAUCUAACAGACGAGACCGUCAAGCAGGUUCAGUGAAGAAUGGUGUAAAGGUACAUGACAUUGAAGCUCUGGAUGCUUCAGACUCUGACAUUGGCCUUUGUGGUUGGUUGCUGGUCUUGCUCUCCAUUAUCCUCAUGCUGGUUACUCUUCCCAUCUCCAUAUGGAUGUGCAUCAAGAUUGUUAAAGAAUAUGAGCGAGCCAUUAUCUUUCGUCUCGGGCGCAUUUUGCGAGGAGGAGCCAAAGGACCAGGGUUGUUCUUCAUCUUGCCGUGCACUGACAGCUUCAUUAACGUAGACAUGCGCACAAUCACCUUUGACAUCCCACCGCAGGAGGUUUUGACCAAAGACUCUGUGACAGUGAGUGUGGAUGGUGUGGUCUACUACCGAGUGCAGAAUGCCACGCUGGCUGUCGCUAACAUCACCAAUGCGGAUGCAGCCACUCGCCUGUUGGCCCAAACCACCCUGAGAAACGUUCUUGGUACCAAGAACCUGGCAGAGAUCCUGUCUGACCGUGAAGAGAUCGCACACAGUAUGCAGUCAACUCUGGAUGAUGCUACAGACGACUGGGGGAUCAAGGUUGAGCGGGUGGAGAUCAAAGACGUAAAGCUGCCCCUUCAGCUGCAGAGAGCGAUGGCGGCCGAGGCUGAGGCCAGCCGUGAGGCCAGAGCCAAGGUGAUCGCUGCUGAGGGAGAGAUGAACGCUUCACGUGCACUGAAGGAGGCUUCCCUGGUGAUCGCAGAGUCUCCAUCAGCGCUGCAGCUGCGCUACCUUCAGACGCUCAAUACCAUCGCUGCAGAGAAGAACUCCACCAUCAUUUUCCCUUUGCCACUGGACAUGAUGAAGGGCUUCAUCAAACCGUGAGGAGGAGCCUGUAAAGCCCAUAUACAGGUCGUACAGACACAGCAUUUACUGAUUACACCCCCACCUUCACCCUCUGACUGGUAAACACGUCACUUUCUCCAAGUAGUGCUAUUAUAUGAAGGACGGUGAAGGUCACCGGUGUUCUGCUGGAAGGAUUAACUCCACAGCGAUUAUAUUAUCUAGUAGAAGUGUAUAUUAUCCACAUUAAGUAUAUGUAUAUAUACAUAUGUUAUCUGUUGCCAUGAUUGUUUUAGAGGGCUUAAAUUGCUGAACUCCAGUGUGGAUUAUUUCAUGUGGAAUAUAAAGCCUUGAGCAUUAUUUUGUACACAAGCCUGGAUGAAUUUUAAAACUGUUACCGUUGUUUUCACUGAGAACAAUGACGUACACGUAGUACACGUAGGCUGAACUAAGCUAAAUUGGGCUAAAAACUGUUAGAUGAGUCAGUAUUUUACAGAGCUGGUUAUACGCAUUCAGUCAGUUCAGACUGUUUUCUAGUAUUUUUACUUUCACUAACACAACCUGCCUUAUAUUGUCUUUAGGUUUGUUUGUGUUCAUUUGAGCUAUUUUUGUAUGUUUUGCUAGUGAUUGUUUUCUUUACAUAACUUGCAUUUAAAAAUAUUAAAUACAUGUUCUAUUAAAACCA